GGGAAAACACAAAAAACACAAAAAGGGAAAGAAAAAGCGAGAAAGCGAUUAUGUUCAUUGAGAGAUUUUCUGAAAGACGUCAACCCAGGGUUCAACAGCUUUCUCAAACUGGUCGCCAAUUUGAGAGAACUUUUGGAGAACUUUUUCUGCCAAAUGCGCUCCAGAAAUGACAUGCCAACUGCCUUGGAGUUUGCAUAUCUAUUUGCGCCCACCAUUCGCGAGUCAUUGAAACAACUCACUGACACUGGCUUUGUCUACUACACUUCCCCACACUCUUAUUGUGAAGUACCACAUGAGAUGAAACUCCCGUUUCGAGACCUGCCUUCUUUGUCUGUUCCAUCGUCAGUAGAAAUGGCAAAAGAUGGCCAGAGGCUGAUGAGAGACUGGAGGGACAGCUUUGGUAAACCGGUCCGUCAACUGACCGUUCGAAAUCAAAGUACCAAGGACAAUGUAGGUACACUUCCAUUGUUCGCAUACACAACACCAGAUCAGCCUCCAAGACCAUUAGAUUUUUUCACCACAGACGACCUCACAGCUAGAGAAACAGUGGUCACAGCGAUUGAGCGGGAAGCUGUCAGAGGAGCCAUUUUAUUUGAGGCCAACAGUGUUGUGGUCGUCAAGCACGACCACAUACGUGGAUACCCGAACAGGAGACCCUUCUUUGUUGGAAUUGUCGUAGCUGAUGUCACCGACAAGGCAGAGAAUUAUUUUUGUGAUAUUGAGUUGUUUGUUUCUGCAUUUGAAGACUGUCUGCUAUUUACUUUGAAUGAAAGCGCACGAAUCCACCGAGAUGCUAUCGUCAGUAAAGUGGGGGAAGAGCAUUUUGAAAAAGGGUGCGAUUUUGUGAAAUUGACGGAGGUAUCAUACGAGACAUUUCUUCGAUACCAAAAUGACGUGGAAGACCUUUUGCCAGACAAAGAAGGCGGUGAAGAGGACAGCGACCUCGACUCUGAUGAUGAUGAGAACCCAGCAGACGUCGUCUUUGGAGGAAUGCCACUUCGCACAACAUCCGGAAGAACUGUAGUC